AUGGUUUUAACUCCUCUAGGAUCAUUACAACUAAUUGAAACCACUAGUGUAGAUGAUAUAAUAGCUGGUAUUGGUCGUAAUAUUUAUUUUCCUCCCAAUACAGACAUUAAAUUAUUAAUGGACUCAUUAAAACGGCUGUUACAAACAGAUGCAUUGUCUGAUUCAAUGAUAUCAAUGUUAAACCCUGGUAAUCAUUCUGAUGACCAACAAGUAGUUACUGAACGACAGCGUAGAGUUAGACCAUCAUCAGAUUAUAAUGUACUUCUUACUGUUGUAAAUCCAGAACCUGAGAAACUGCAUGUGUCUUGGAAGCCAGAAAUACCUUUAAAUCGUUAUCUUCAGCCUUUACUAGAUCAAUUAAAACUGAUUUCAAACUUUUCCGUGCAAUCUCAAUGGCUUUAUUUAAUAGAUUUGGUUCAAAAGCCGCCAAAAUUGAACACUACAUUUGUAUUAGACAAGAAUCACGCUCAAUACAUAAUUACUCCUCUAGAAAAAAAAUUAGGUUCUGGAGUGUCUCGAAAUCCAUGUAUACAUUUUGUUGUAUAUGUAACCCCUUGUUCUUAUAUUCCUUUAUACUUUCAUGAAAACAAUCAGUUGACUACUGCUAUGAUGUCAGCUCGCUGGGGUGGAGUUCAAAUCUUAAAUGCCAACGAGAUGUCAUGCAAUGAAUCAGUAAGCUUCAUACCUGAUGAUCUCAGUAUUAUGACUCCCAUCAUCACACAGUUCCAUUCAUUAAUUGGUGUGCCAAAUAUGUCCAAUUACAUGUCACUAAUGCCACUAAAAUCUUCUACUCUGCGUAAAUGGCAAUUGGAUUCAAUGUACAGGCUCAAAAUUAUUGAACAAUACACUAAUACUCGUAUUACUUUAACAUCAUUGUCACGACUUUUGGGUGAAAUCAGUAAUAUUGUGAUAAUUGAAGAAGUUGGAAAAGCAGUAACUGAAUCCGUAGAAGCAGCUAUUAAAGUACUUCAAUGUAUAGAAAAAGGACAAUUGGAAGAAGCAUUGGAAUACAGUAAAAUAGCAUUUGAAACAUCAGAGUUUGCAUUUACUCAUCCAUCAUUAUUGGCAUUGCUCUAUUUUCCGGACGAUCAAAAAUAUGCGGUUUAUAUUCCAUUAUUCUUACCUGUUAUGAUCCCUGUAUUAAUGUCUUUGAAAGGAGUUAAAAACUGGAUACAAUUGAAGUACAAAAUCUAA